CCAUCCCGCUCACAAAACCAUGAAAGCGUAAAAUCCACCAAAAGUAGGAUGUUUUCCGAAAGAGAUUGUCAGUUCUGUCAUCAUGGUUGUUGCUUUGUGCCCAAGAUGAGAAGUAAGUCGCUUAUGUUACAUGUACAGUUAUAGCCACUGUCCGUGGAUCGUAGAUCUACCUGCGCUAGCACGAUUCCGGACGGAGUCGGUCGGUCACUAUGCACUGGUACGAGAUAUUGGCGCUGGAUGCUUUGCGAUUGGAGCUGCAACGACGCUUGGCCACAGUCGUGGAUGAAACGGUAGACGAACUGUUGGACGCUGGAAUUUUCGAUCGUCGUGACCUAGACUAUGUCAAAAUCAGUACAAGUCCAACUGCGAGCAUUGAUCGAGUCAACGAUUUAAUAAAGUACCUGCUCAGAGUGGAGCGAAAAUCCAGAAAUGGUACAUUCAACGUGUUCUGUUCAGUUCUGAGAGAAAGAUUGGGUUUGGAAGAUAUUGCUGAUUGUUUGGAGCGACAGGCAAAGAAGUGCCAGGAAACCAUGACUGAAGGAGACGUCCCCGGAUGUGACUUGGUGCUGUCCAUGGAAACCUUGGAAGAGCUAGUCGAACGAAAGGUAGCCGAGUCACAUGCUAACACGCAGGUGACUGAGAGUCGUCACAUACAGACAUGCUUGCAAGUAUUGCGAGAGAACUUGAGCAGUGCCAACAAGUUUCUCUGCAACACUGUCGAUGAUGGUGGCAGCGACCUGUCAUGCUUGACGUCAGACAUCAGGAGUUGUUUUGUGCCACUGCAGGCCAUGAGUGAGAAGGAUGCCAUGCGUGUGACAUACCAACACCAUCGUAGACACAGCAUGGCCACAGCUUUGCAGCAGAAACAACACGCGCUGGGAGUGAGUGGCAGUGGUGGUAGGGGUCAAGUAGUACACCGACGGGAUGAAGAUGAAGACGUCCAUGGUGGGAAAGAGUUUGUGCUGGAAAACGCGGUACAAUUGCUGACCGGUGAAGCAGCUCAGGCAACAUCAUUGAAUCACGGUGUGUGUGCAGGUCGCACUGCUGCUGCUGCUGCUGCUGCCACUCCCACAAGUGAUGAUAGCGGAGUUGAGCUAGAAACCAGCUGCAUGGUAAUCGGCGGAGCUGGUCAAGGGAAGACAACCUUCUGUAAACGUGUCAUUGCCGAAGUGACGGACGCAAUGUCAGGCCCCCUGGCGAAAUUCAAGUUUGUCUUCUACAUCCCAUGCCGAAAUUUGGAACGUGUCCGGAGCGAGAGCUGGCUUGAACUACUUGGCCUGGAUGCAGCAUCCAUGGAUUUUAAUGGAGAGGAGCAGAGAUCAGUUCUCCGGCAUCUGCAAACUCAUUCAGAGAACGUGCUGGUCAUCUUGGAUGGUAUUGAUGAAGUCGGUGGUGACGGAUUACUGGAGCAAUCAGCAGCAAAGGCAUUGGUAAAACGCUCAGGUGGUGCAUCCUCUGCAAGCCGUCUCCUGAACGCUACAGUCGUUGUCACCAGCAGGCCGUAUCAAGGAGCCUACAAUCUUGUGCAGGCAUGCAAGCGACGCUACCGACUGAGAGGAUUCAAUGAAUCGCAAUUGGAGGAGUUUUGUGUCCGACAGCUUGGUGACACUGAGGGUCGGCAGUGCAUAGCACAUCUGUUGCAACCAAGCAAUCGUCUUUUGAAGGAAGCAAUCCGAAAGACGCCGCUCCUGUGUGCACUUCUUUGCCAGCAGUACGCCAUCACUGAGUCUAUACCGGCGAGCAUUACUCUCUUCUACAACGAAUUUGUGUGCUCGGCAGUGGCUAAGCUGGGAACAAGACGCGGCACUAGCUUUGGCAAAGUUCGGCUUGCCCGUGACAUCGAAAGCCAUUUGUGUGGUGGUCGCCGCUUUCGGUGUGGUGAGCUCAUCACCAUCGAAACAGCUAUUGAGUAUCUUCUAGAGGGCAGCGUUGACAUGCAGUGCAAUGCCAUGAAUGAUGAAUGCGACCGUGCUGCUGUGGACAUCAUCCGUGCCCUGCACAAUCUCUGCACACUGUCUCUCGAUGGCCUGCGGCAAAGAGCGCUUCUGUUUCCGUCUUCCCGUCUUUCGCAGCGAGAUCUGGCUGUUUGCCAGGAUCUUGGGCUUGUCGUUGACGUCGUCAGUGGCCACUCACGGGCCAGACCUAGCCGCCAUGUAUCCCUUGUGCAUUUCACUGUGCAAGAGUGGUGUGCAUCCAGGGUUAUCUCAUCUCCGGGCAGCUGUGUCGACUCUCUUCAUGAGUGCAUGCGUGAAAUCGGCAUGGACGAAAGCCGCUACAUCUUUUGGCGAUUCGUCUUUGGACAACUCCGGCCAGACCGAUUGUGUCCUGCUUUGGGUACGAUACAGUCAGUCGCAACCCGUGCUGGUGGCAAGCUGAGCAAGAAGACGUUCUUGUUCAUGAUGCGUGCUGUUCUGGAGAACAUGCUCUCCCUGCAUUCGUCUGCCGCUUACGCUACUGAUGAUCUCCUGCCUACUGAUAUUCCCAGCCUGGGUGUGUAUCAAUCAGCUGCAAGGAUGCUAACAGCAGACGGCAUUGACGUCUAUGGAGUGCAACUGGACACCAUCGAUGUCAUGGCAGUAUGCAAUACUCUACAACUUGUCAAUCAAACGCCAUUGCUGAAUGUCACCAACUGCAUCCUCACCGAUGAACACGUAAACAUGUUGGCAACCGUAAUUGACAAGGCUGUGAGGGUUACUCUGAGCUGCAAUCAUCUCAGUGGCAUGCCCGUGGAGAUCAUAGCUUCAUCGCUGUCCACAUCUAAACAAGGGUGCACGGAGGAGCUGCGCAUGUUCAACAUAUCCUGGAGCAAGGCCGAGCAAGAUGGUGUGUCUCUUGCCAGGUGUACACAACAUGCUGCUCUAUCCACGCUGUACGUAGGAGGAGGGUGCCUAGAAAGAAGCAGCAUUGACAACAACUGGGUAGCGUCCUUUGCAAACCACCUGGUACCUGCUCAAAAUCUUACCAAACUGGGCUUGGUGGAUUGUAAUGUGAUGGCUGGAUUAGGUCAUGACCUAAGCACUGUCGUCAGCAAGCUACCUUGCCUGGAAACACUAUGGCUAGAUAAUAACUCAUUAUCUAAUGAUAAUGUGUCUAGUGUCCUGGCUGCCCUCCAAUUCCAUACGAAUAUCCGUUUUCUUUAUCUUCGCAACAACAAUCUCAACGACGAGCUUGCGCCAAGUGUUAUCGGCUUUCUACAAGCGCGUCACUGUGCUGAACGCGAUGAUACUGGCAUGGAGAGCCCCGCGGAGCGCCGGCUUGUGCGUACUUGCCGGUUGUGCCUGAAUGCAAACAGCGUCACAACGAAACUGCUCGUUGAGGUUGCUAGCUCCGGUCACUGUGGAAGUGAUGUUGUCAGCAUCGGCACUCACUAUGUGAGCGGCUCGUCUGUCAUGGCAUCAUCAAUGCAGGAACUAGUGCAAGAAUAUGGCGGCCAACUGUCGGGCAUACUUCAAGACGGCAUGAUGUCAUUGCUUGGUGAAUACCUCGCUACCUGCAAUGAUUUGGAUCUUCUUGACAUCCGUAAUUGCAAGAUAACAGAUGGAGGUGCGACGACAUUGGCAACGUCUGGCCUCGCUGACAACGUGUCCGUGGAACUGGUCAACGUCGGUCGCAACCGCAUUCAGGUGCACGGUGCAGCUGCCGUACUCGAGUCCGUGACGUCAUCACAUUCAGCUGUCCGAGCUGUGAUUCUUGCUGAGAACCCGAUAUUCGAGACGUCGGUGGCUGGCAGUCUGCUUUUCUAUCACCGACUAGUGCAGAGCUUAGCGAGGUGCCAGCAGCUGCGUUUCGUAUCUCUUUGCAUGACGCAUUUAUCAGAUGAAGUUGGCGCCAGUGUUCUUCAGGCACUGAAGACCCAUCCAUGCAUUGCCUGGAUAGAUCUGGGCUGGAACAAUGUCGGCGAUGGGACAGCGCACGCUCUGGUUCAACUGAAGACGGUAAACACCAGUUUGCAGCGUGCCAACCUUGAGCAUAACAAGAUCAGCGAUGUCGGCAUCCUCCGUUUGCUACAGUCUCGCGACAUCAUGGCCAUGGAGAAGAUCGACCUGUACUCUAACCCAUGUUCAGCGAGUGCAUUCCAACCACCGCUGUACAAUACCGAGUGCUGGUUUACGUCUUCAGUUGUUCUGGACUUUAUCUCUGACUGAUUGAGUCGUUGACCCAUCGUGACCUGUUUAGAAUCAUGCGGCUAGGUUUUACUGACCCAUGGGAAGUUGCAAACAUUGAUCCCGUUGAUGUUUAUUUAUGCUUACUCAGUGCACAAUUUGACGCCUCCUUCUUGCUAUAUUGAAGAUUUUAUUUGAGAACUCCGGCAAGAUGAUACCGCUGAUGUGAUAUUUUCCCCGAUGGCAGUGCGAGUUUCCGAUGAUGCCCCAGGUGAUCUUCGGGACCCUCCGUGUGGGUUGUCUGCCAUCGGAACGUUGCCACUUGGUCAUGCAACUUGGAGUACCCCGACCUUGAACCCCGUAUUUUUAAAAGUGUUUCUGCCUUCCAUCAGCGUGAAUGUUUUUUGAUCAGCUCCGAGUCUUUCGGAGCACUAUUCCUGUA